ACACUCUGGCCUUAUGUGAUUACUGGGGGGAGACGUGUCCCCUCAGUGUCUGUGGUGGUUACGGCCCUGCUACUUAACCCAGGACCGACUAAACGCAUUUUCUGCAACGCCUUCUGAGAGUUUGGUGCUUUUCGUUUCCCGUACAUUUGCGUCACCGGUGUGGACGCGGGAUAUUUAAUAACAAAUCAUGGACCUCAAAGCCUAUUGCUUUGCAAAACUUGUUAAUUCAUGUAGGCAAUUCAAUUAGGAAUCUAGCUGGAUGUAUUUACUUGGCAUAUAGAUUAAAGACGUUAUAUUUCCGUUAACAAUGGCACUCCGUAACUCUAAUCCUAAUACUUGGCGGUUCUUUUAGCAUUAGUAAUUAGCUUGCUAGCACUGUCUGCUAUAGCAACUGAAUCAGGGUGAGCUGUUCUCCAGCUCACUGCGCUCAUUAGACCAAAUUCACCCGCGUCUCUAAGUCAGAAUGAGGAGAAGCUUUGCGCCCAGUCAGCUCGCCAAGAGAAAGCAGAGAGUCGAUUCAUCUGAGGAUGAUGAUGAAGAUGAAGACUGGGAUGCUGAAAUUACAAGCAAAAGGAAGAAAGACUGCAGAGAAAGCUACAUAUCUCCAUACAGGAAGCCUCUGACCCAGCUCACAGACCGGCCUCUGUGUGUGGACAGCAACGAGCAUGAGGCUUUUAUUCGAAGUAUCCUUUCAAGACCAUUCAAGGUUCCCAUCCCUAAUUACACAGGUCCGUUGGGUGUGCGGGCUCUGGGCUUGAAGAGGUCAGGUGUUAGAAAGGCUCUCCAUGACCCUUUUGAAGACGGGGCUCUGGUUCUUUAUGAGCCGCCAGCUUUGGGGGCUCAUGACCUCAUCAAAACAGACAAGGACAAGCUGCCUGUGCACGUUGUGGUGGAUCCGGUGCUUGGUAAAGUUCUUCGACCCCAUCAAAGAGAGGGUGUGAAGUUUCUGUGGGAGUGUGUGACAGGGCGGCGCAUCCCUGACUCCUAUGGCUGCAUCAUGGCUGACGAGAUGGGACUGGGGAAGACACUGCAGUGCAUCACGCUCAUGUGGACUCUCCUCAGGCAGAGUCCUGAUCUCAAACCUGAGAUUGAUAAGGCCAUUGUGGUCUCCCCAUCCAGCCUUGUCAGAAACUGGUACAAUGAAGUCGCUAAGUGGCUUGGAGGACGUGUGCAGCCUGUGGCUAUUGACGGUGGCUCCAAGGAAGAAAUAGACCGGAAGCUUGUGAACUUCAUUUCCCAGCAAGGUCUGAGAGUUCCCACUCCCAUUCUGAUUAUUUCAUAUGAAACGUUCCGUCUGCACGCUGAAGUUCUGCACAAAGGCAAAGUUGGAUUGGUCAUUUGUGAUGAGGGUCACAGGCUGAAAAACUCGGACAAUCAGACGUACCAGGCUCUGAAUGUGAUGAACGCCCAGCGCAGAGUCCUGAUUUCCGGCACUCCCAUUCAGAACGAUCUGCUUGAAUACUUCAGUCUGGUGCACUUUGUCAACGCAGGCAUCCUUGGCACAGCUCAGGAAUUUAAAAAGCGCUUUGAGAUUCCCAUCCUGAAGGGCCGUGAUGCAGAUGCUAGUGAUAAAGAGCGUGCUGUCGGGGAGGAGAAGCUAAAAGAGCUCAUCAGCAUCGUUAACAGGUGUCUGAUCAGGAGGACCUCAGACAUUCUAUCUAAGUAUCUUCCCGUGAAGGUUGAGCAAGUAGUUUGCUGCAGGCUGACUCCUCUGCAGAAAGAACUCUACAAGCUGUUCCUGAAGCAGGCAAAGCCAUUAGAGAGUCUGCAGCAGGGCAAGAUCAGCGUAUCCUCACUGUCCUCUAUCACCUCACUCAAAAAGCUGUGUAACCACCCCUCACUGAUCUAUGAGAAGUGUGUGGAGGGGGACGAGGGCUUUGCUGGUGCAGUGGACCUCUUCCCACCGGGUUACUCCACUAAAGCUGUCGAACCGCACCUUUCAGGGAAGAUGCUGGUGCUCGACUACAUUCUGGCCAUGACACGGACGACAACCAGCGAUAAAGUGGUGCUGGUGUCCAACUACACACAGACGCUGGACCUGUUUGAGAAGCUGUGUCGUGCUCGCAAAUACCUGUAUGUGAGACUGGAUGGAACAAUGUCUAUAAAGAAGAGAGCCAAGAUUGUUGAAAGAUUUAACAGUCCUUCUAGCCCAGAUUUCAUCUUCAUGUUGAGCAGCAAGGCCGGCGGCUGCGGCCUGAACCUUAUUGGGGCAAAUCGGUUGGUAAUGUUUGACCCGGAUUGGAAUCCAGCCAAUGACGAACAGGCGAUGGCAAGAGUGUGGCGUGACGGCCAGAGAAAAACGUGCUACAUCUACAGAUUGCUCUCUACGGGGACCAUAGAGGAGAAGAUCCUGCAGAGGCAGGCUCAUAAGAAGGCUCUGAGCAGCUGUGUAGUGGAUGAGGAGCAGGACGUAGAGAGACAUUUUUCUCUGGAGGAGCUGAAGGAGCUGUUCACUCUCAACGAGUGCACACUCAGUGACACACAUGACAGGUUUCGAUGUCAGCGCUGCGUAAACGGGCGUCAGGUUCGUCCCCCUCCCGGCGAUUCAGACUGCACCAGCAAUCUGUCGUGCUGGCAUCAUUGUGCAGAUAAAAAAGGGCUGAAGGACACGGUGCUUCAGGCCUCCUGGGACAAAGCUGUGACCUUUGUGUUCCACCAGAACUCCCACGAAGACCAGAGAGGAGUCGUCUGAACACUGUAUGUCUGAACAGCUGUAAACGUGCCAAACCUAUCACAUGUAGCUGUGGCUGAUUCAUUCUGUAAAACUUGUGUAUCAGAGGUAGAGAGGUGAAAGACAUCACAAGAAGAAGAUACCUAAGAGACGGUUAUUUUUUGUCACAUCACCAUGGUGAUUCUUGAAUAACUAUUUUUUGUUCUGUUUCUUUCUUUUUAUUUAUUGUGUAUAUUUGAGGGUCUUUAUUAAUGUUGAUUAAAUAUCUGUCAUAUAUAAAAUACUGCUUAUUUUUGUCUAUUUCUGGUUGCUAUCCAGGAGUUCUACUGUACAACAAACACAAAACUAAGAAGUAUUUUUGCAUGAGCAUACCAGGGAAUGUUUUUAUGAUACGCAACUUGAGUGUUAUAUUAAACAUCCAGCAUAAUGGAAAAGAAGACAGCAUGAUAGAUUAUAAUGUUACUUAACUGAACUUGCUGAUCUGAGAACUAGUAAGCACUUGAUUAAUAUCCUUGUGACUGCGACAAUACACAAUAGUGAAAGCUGGAAGAAUCAGGAUUGUUAAACCAUGUUGCUUAUAUAUGAAGUGUGAGUGCAUAGUUUUUAUUAAAGUUAUGAGUGAUGGAUGUGAGUGGAGCUUAGAAAAGCUUUGCCUAAGCUCGACCAGUGUUUGGAAAUGGUGAAAGAAAUGUUGAAAUGGGACUUUAAACCCAAUAUUAAUCACUUAGCUGUGUUGCUCUUACUGUCAGCUUCUAAACUGACAAAAGCCUUUUCUAGAGUUAUUCUCAGAUCAUAAUGAUUUGUUUGAGAAAAUGAGUUCUUGUGUAUUUGCAUAUGCAUAAUUUUGCAGAUGAUUUAUCAAAAAUGACAAAAUAGUGGCUCUCUGGCAGUCGUCACCCAGAUGAGGAGGAGUUCCCAGUUGAGUCUGGUUCUUCUCAAGGUUUCUUUCUCAUGUCACCUCGGAGAUUUUCCUUGCCACUGUCGGGGCGACACGGCUUGCUCAUUAGGGAAAAAUUUAUAAAUUUAAACUUUUUAUGCUGAAUUUAUGUAUUUCAGUAAAGCUGCUUUGUGACAAUGUUCAUUGUUAAACGCGCAAUACAAAUAAAACUGAAUUGAAUUGAA